AUGGACGACCGUACAGUAGACCUGAUCUUCUCGGGCUCCCUCGAGAGCCUUCCGCCUGUCAGCUCCAAGAUCGUCCGUAUCUUCACCAGUUCCACAUUUACUGAUACGACGAUGGAAAGGAACACUCUCAUGGCUCAAUGUUACCCUAAACUGAAGGACUAUUGCCGAGAAAAACACGGACUAGAGUUUCAGGUGGUAGACAUGAGGUGGGGAGUGAGGGAUGAAGCCACUGAUGAUCACAUGACCACCGAGCUCUGCAUGCGCGAGAUCAAGAACUGCCAGCGCCUGUCGAUGGGGCCCAACUUCGUGGUGUUCCUCGGCCAGAAGUACGGCUACAGACCCAUCCCCACGUACAUCUUGUCCUCCGAGCUGCAGAUGCUGCGGGAUGAUCUGGCAGCUGGGGGGACUGACGUCACACUCCUGGAUACCUGGUACCGCAAGGACAGCAAUGCCGUGCCACCGAUAUCUGUUCUCCAACCGAUCUCUUCCAUCUUGAUCAAUUUCAACAAUAAGCGGAUCCCAAAACUUCAGCAGCAUGACCAAGCAGUUUGGUGGGACACUCUUGGGAAAAUGCAGAAACUGUUCAGGAAGGCUGCGCUUAGUUGUUAUAACAGUGGGAAACUUAGCAAAGACUUGAUGCACAACUACUACAUGUCAGUGACUGAAAGAGAGGUGAUCAACGGUGUGCUGAAUGUGAAAAAUACAAAAAACCACUGUCUCGCUUAUGUACGGUGGAUCAACAACAUCAACCUUCAGAACCUCAAGAAGGCGUCACUAUUCCUUGACAUUCUCAACAGAAGUCUGGAUACAGAGGCUUCCAAACUGCUCGCUAAUCUCAGGGAUGAGAGGCUCGUAGCCAAAAUUGAGCAAAGCAAUUAUCAAAGGUACACAGUAGAAUGGAUUGGCAGAGAGGGGCUUGAUACAGAAACUCAUGAAGAAUACCUGAACCACUUCAUUACACAUUUCUACAAGAACAUCACCAAACUCGUGGAUAGAGCAAUGAGGAAGGAGGAUUCCAGUGCUCAAGGACAAAUUGUCACUGAAAUUUUACAACACCUUCAUGCGUGUAACAAUUCUGUACAGGUAUUUUAUGGAAGGGAAGAGGAAUUAGUAAAAAUACAUCAAUACAUGACAGGAGAUUCGGAGAAGCCAAUUGUACUGUACGGAGAGGGUGGAUGUGGGAAAACUUCUCUUCUGGCCAAGUCUGCUGGACUGACAUCAUCUGAGUGGUUUGCUGGAGCGCGGCCCAUCAGUAUCAUCCGGUUCCUGGGCACGACACCAGAUAGCAGUGCUCUCACCCCUACACUCAUCUCUAUCUGUCAGCAGAUAUCAUACAACUACAUGCUACCAUUUGAAGACAUCCCAGAUGAUCUAGUGCCUCUGACAGCACAUUUCAAGCAGCUCCUGACGAACGCCAGUAAGGAACAGCCCCUGAUUGUGUUCCUGGACUCGGUAGAUCAGCUGACAGGAGCUCAGGACAACAAUAAGGUGUCCUGGAUUCCCACCAGGCUUCCACCUCACUGCAAGCUGAUGGUGUCUUGCGCUGCGGAGGCUGACAAUCCAGAGGUCUCUAGAGAUUAUCAUGUCUUAAGGAGAAUGAUUGAUGUCGAGGAACAGUUUAUUGAAGUUACUGAUCUCGGAGAAGAACUCGCUAUGAAUGUCAUCAAAAUGUGGAUGAAGACUGCUUGUAGAGACUUGACAAACUACCAGUUCAGGCUUGUAGCCAAUGCUAUAGGUCAGUGCUCUCUACCAAUAUUUGUAAAACUGGUGUUUGCGGAAAUUUGUCGCUGGAGGAGCUACACCAAGCCUCAAGACACUCUCCUUGCCUCCACUGUCAUGGACUCCAUCAUGAUGCUCUUUGAGCGAAUCGAGAAGCAGCACGGCAGGCUCCUGGUGUUUCACGCUUUGGCUUACAUCACAGCAGCCAAGAGCGGUCUCUCUGAGUCAGAACUGGAAGACUUAAUCUCCCUGGAUGAUCGUGUAUUGGAUGAUGUGUACCAGUAUCACUUGCCACCUGUGCGCCGAAUCCCUCCUCUAUUGUGGACUAGGAUAAGGAACGAUCUCCCCAACUACCUGUCAGAACGAGAGGCAGAUGGUGUCAGUGUUCUCAACUGGUAUCACAGACAAUUCAGAGACACUGCAAAAGAACGUUACUUCAAGAACAUGAAUAUGGCCAUCUACUUUCAUUCAUCAAUAGCAGACUACUACCUGGGGAUAUGGGGUGGAGGGAAUCCCAAACCCUUCAAAUAUACUGAGAUCCAAAGACACAGAUUCAAUCUUACAGAUAAAGAGGGGUCAGCAGAUAGAAAGGUUCCAAUUCAACCCCUUGUAUUUUAUUCUAAAGAUGGGAAAGUUACUCGCUACAACCUUAGAAAGUUCGGGGAGCUGCCGUACCAUCUGGUGAGAGCGCGUAGAUUCCAAGACUUGUACGAGAAUGUGCUGUUCAACUAUGAGUGGCUCCACGCCAAACUUUCAUCUUGCCCUCUACAAGCAGUGCUUAGCGACUUCGAAGAUGCUUGCUGCAACAUUGAUGACAGAGAAGCAACAAGGGAUGAUGUGAGGUUACUGCAGAGGGAGCUGAUGCUGGUGGCGGAUGCGCUCAGGCUGGGAGGAGCGAUUCUCAGUGUGUUCCCGGACAUGUUGGCCCCCCAGCUAGUGGGUCGUCUGCUGCCCGAGAUCGGGACCAACCCCAACGUCAAGAUGCUCCUGAAUCAGUGUGACAAGGUCGGGCCAGAUCAUUGCGCCCUCUUGCCCUUCUACCACUGCUUGCACACACCUGGAGGCCCUCUUAAGUAUUCUCUGGAAGGUCAUCAGUUUGCAGUGUUUGAUUUCUGCUUGACCGGUGACUUCCGCUACAUUGUGUCCAUCUCCAACAAGUUCAUCACGUGGGAUCUGUCCACCAGUGAUCUGACCCGAGACGUCAAUCCUGGACUUGAGGGUAUCAUGCAACAGCUCUGUCUCAGUCCGGACAACAGAUUCGCUGCCGCUUACACCAACAACAACCAGACAGUUCUUUUAAAUAUGUUAACAAGUGAGUAUGUAAUCCUGGAAAACCCACUUCCUGCAGAGGAAAAUGUUACUGGAGUAUUUCUGUUGAACCAACACCUUUUCAUCCAUGGUACUGCCAACUGGUGCAGAUUCAGCAUGAGAGGAGUGCUGGAAUCUAGAUUUACGUCACCAGUGAAUGCAGGCCAGUGGCCUCUGCACUCAAUAGAACUCACAGACCUCGAAGAUUUCCGCUUCCUGUUUUGGAGUGGCUCUCUAGAUGAUGCUUCCAUGCUGAUACACACCACUAGAGGGAAGUGUGAGCUGGAUCCUUUCUAUUUCCACAGUGCCAUGGUAAUGACAAGAGACAAGCAGACAAUGUUCUGCUGCACAGACAAGGGCAAGUUCAGAGUGACAGAGUACAUCGCACCUCAGGGCGCCAACUGCUGGAGUAAAGUUAAACCUCUCCCUUCUGCCUAUAACGAUGAGACUGAGACACUUCUCCAGCUGAAGUUGGACAAGUCAGAGACAGUGCUGCUGGGAACUACUGCCAAUGGCUUCAUUGUCUGGCUGCUGGGAGGAGAGCGUAAGAGUGCUAUCGUACUGCAGCUGCCCCACGGCAUUAGAAACAUCUCCACUCGUAUGUUGCGCUCAAACUCCAUCAUGCUUUCAGCCAAUCGGGACUUUGCUGUUGCUGGAGUUAGGAAGAACAUCUAUGUUUGGAAUUUGAAAGAUGGUGAAUUACUGAAGGUUCUCGAUGCUCACUUCGGUAGAAUCAUAUCUCUUGAAGCUUUGACAAUUGGAAAUUGGAACUCGGUGAUUACGUCGUCAAUAGACCGAACAGUAAAAGUUUGGAACAUUAAUAACAUUUUUGAGCAAGAACAUGUCAUUGACAGGCAUGAGCUGCAAGUUGAAUCUAUCUGUAUCUCACAGUUGACUGGGAUAGCAGUGACAGUGACUCGUGGUUGUGUGGGAGUCUGGGACUUGCAGAUCGGUAGACUCAUGAGUCAACUGGCCGACAGUCCUCUAGGAGCCAUAGUCACUCAUGCACUCAUUACUCCAGAUGGCAAGUUUAUAAUUUCAUCUGAGAGCGGAAACAUACUGAUUUGGAACCGAAUAACCGGACAAGUAAUUUUCAAAGAAGAACAAGCCGGUGUGAGGCAACUGGUUUUUCUGGAGGAGGGAACCAAGUUUCUGGCCAUCUCCAAACCUCCAGUGCCGGUGGGACAAGAAGCUCCAAGCAAAACUACAGCUACUGGGAUUAUGAGGAAUAUUCCAAGUGGAAGUCAAAUAUAUUCUUUUGAAUAUCCUCUAAAGAACAUAACUGGAAUAUCCUUUAAACAAGCAGUGGUGACUUGUGAUGGACAGAACAUUGUCGCUCUGGCAGCUGAUAAAGGGCACCGGGAGACAGUGGUUGUGUUCAAUGCCAAAACUGGGACUCCCGGGUCCAAAAUACCACUCAAAGUAGCAGGUAUUAAGGACGUAGCAUUCAUGGUGGCAAUGCCCAACAAAUCUAACCUGGUAGCACUGGUGGAUGCUGAGAAAGCCACCAUCCUGGACAUCAAAGGCAAGAGAGCGGUGAGGACUGUGCCCAAGUGGGGAGGCUGUUGUACCAGAGACGGCAAGUUCGGACUGUAUGCUCCCUCCAGGGGUGGGCUGGAGUUAGUUGAGCUAAAGAAAGGCAACACUGUGAGAACAUUUAUCCCUAAGGUUGCCGAGGGAGUGUUCACCGUAAUUUGUAUGUUUAACAAAACUGAUGAGUACGUCCUGUACUACCACAGCGGGAAGAAAACACUAAGGGUUUUCAGGACAGCAGAUGCCAAGAUGAUAGCCAACUUCCGAGUGCAAGCAGAGUUGAGUGCAGUGGAAAGUACAGAGGAUGGGAGAGCCAUCGUCCUGGGAACUGUUGAUGGCUGUGUCAGUGCUCUGGCCAUCGCGGACCCAGACAAGCCAGAGAUGAAGGAGUUCCUAGCAGGACUACCUUCACGAGAUGAGCAGUGGAAGAAAAAACUUGAACGACAAAAGGCAUCGAAAAGAUUCAGAGCUGCUGGGUCGAUCGCUAAGCUUUGUAUCCAGAUGUAUGAAAACGUUACAAGCUCCAAUGACAAUGAAGCUGCUGCCGUGUCGAAUGAACCUCAAGAAGACGAGGAAGGAAACACAAUCCCGACUGAAGUCAAUUGAAUGUUCUGUGUUUGGGAAUAAGAAUGUGAUAUUAAAUUUAUGGUGCUUGUACAAGUGAUAGUUUUUAAUACGGGAAUGAUAGAAAACAUGCUUUUAGCAGUUUUAAACUGAAGAUAAUAUUGUAUGAUUAAAUGUUAACUUGGCUGAUUAUUCUAUUGCUGUUAACAAUAUUUAUGUACAAUAAACUGCAA